CAUAAAAAUCCAGCUGUUAUUUUGACGUUUUUAAUUCAAAUCGUACAAAAUAGCGCAAGGUCUAAAACGGUUUUUCCUAAAUAUUCUAAAUAAACAAUGAAUAUUAAACUAUUUUUAUUAUUCUUAACUCUAAACACGUGCUGUGCUGGAAUUCAAGAUUACUUUCGUCAAAUAACAACUUAUUUCGGUUAUUCUAAUCGAAAUGAUGACCAAACUAGCUUGGAAGGUUUCCAACAGAAAAUACCUUAUGAAGUAUCCACAAUUGAUGAAAAAUUCAUUGAAGAAGCAGCAAAAUUAACAGGUGUUGCUUUAUCAGAGCUUGAUAAAUGCCAACAGAGGAUUGUACUUAGAUUGAAGAAGGGGUGUCAUGAAAUGAAUGAUGAAGAGGUAUCUAAAAUGGCUGUAAUGCUAUUAAAUUGCCAAUCAGCUAUUGAGGAACGUAGAUUAUAUCCAUGCAAUGAAAAUAUGUCCAUAAAAGAAUGUACCGGUCAAAUGGACGCUGAUACAUGGAAUGCUUAUCAUUUAAUGGCUAAUCGAGUGCGUGCUGUUUGUUAUACAGCAAGACAAAGUCAAUUUAUUGGAAUUACAGAGCAUACAAUUAAUAGGUUAUUAGAUACAUCUCGAAAUCAGGUCGAAACUUUAGAUAAGUUGGUUAAUGAACAAGAACAUUUAAGAGAUAUUGCACAAAAUACUUUAAAAAAUGUUGCUCAAGGAAAUGAAGAAUUAAAACAACAACAAGAAGAUAUUGCAAAAUCACAAUUUCAUGGGCAAUUAGUUAUUGAAGAUAACAUAAGGCGUUUGGUACAAGAAAAGGAAUUAAUUAAUGAAAGUCAUGGAAGAUUAGCUGAGAUGACUAAAAACGUUCAAAAGAAAUUAGAAGAAGCCACAAAACAAUUAGAAGAUCAAACUGAAAUGACUAACAUUAACCAUAAAGAGUUGUUAGAAGAUUUAAUUGAAAUUCAAAGACGCACUCAAGAAAUUUUUGAACGAAUCGAUGAAUCCAGUAGACUUUUAUUACUUCAAAACCAAGAGGCUCAAAAACAAUAUGAUUCAACAAUGAAACAAUUAAAUGAUGUCAAUUCCACUGUGCAUUCUUUAGUAUCCAUAGUUUAUUCAACAAGAGAGGUUUUAGAAGACAAAUUAACAUGGAUUUCGACCGCAUUAGGUGGAACUGAUAUUGCUGUUGAUCGUCUUUAUUUGCUUUUAUGGCAUAUAUCCUUUAUUGUAAUUGGAAUGAUUAUCUGUGCCUUUUUAAGUUGUAACAUACCAAGUAGGAUUUUAAUCACCAUCAUUCCAAUCGCAAAUUUAACAUGUGGAUUAUACGAUAUUUCGAUACCUUUGAAUCCAUUUGAUCUUUUAAUAAGCACAUUUACAACGUUAUUGGUGACAAACAUGUUAUUUAUUGGGGGAAAACUAUAUAUGAAACGUUCUAAUCAAAUUUCUAGUCCUAAAUUUUUAAAAUCAAAGCCCGAAAAUGAAAUGAAUGAAGAAAAUAAGACUUUUGAAUAUGUGGCUAAAGAAUCUUCGUUUUAUGGGAAUUAUUCAUCGUCGGAAAAAUGUACUGAAGCUGAAGAUAAUGUUUCUGAGUUUUGUAGUCCAACACCGCCUCUUUCUAGAUCUGGUUAUUACAGUUCUAGAUCUAGAAGUCGAACACCGUUACAUAUAAAUACUUCGUCGUUAAAAUCACCCUGUAAAGCACUCACAAGAAUUGGUGCUCCAUGUAAAUUAUUUUCUACACCGGGAAGAGAUUAUUGUUAUAAGCAUCAAAGUGGAAGUUCAAUUGUGUUAUAACAUAUUUUAGGAGAAAUAUUUUUUAUGUUAAGAUUUUAGGGGGUAAUUAAGGUUAUAUGUAACAUAGAAGAAAUCUAUAUACAAUUAACAUUUGA